AUGCGGAGUGAGAUCGCACUUCUCAUCUCCCUUCGUGAUCGACCGUCUGAAAAAGUUUCAUCAAAGAUUCUCGUUGCAAAGAAAAUGCCUAAAUCAUCUCAUAAGAAGGCACGUUCAUACGCCAAUCAACCAGGGAAACUGUUCAGUCCUGAGGAAUCAAUAGAUAUUUCAUCGGACUAUCCCGAACCGAAAGGACGACCACAGUCGGUGUAUCUCGUUGCUGAGCGUAGUCGCUCUGCUUCCCGAGGCCAACCAGCUCAAUUCACAAUCGUGAUGAAACCCAGUGGUGCCGAAGGAAAGAGGCAUCCCUCCAGACCUCGAUCUUCUAGCUCAAGUUAUGCUUGCAUGCACUUUUGCAGUAGUAGCAGCAGCAGCCCUAGCAGCAGCAGCAAUAGUAGCAGCAGUAGCAGCAGCUCCACUAGCGGUAGGGGCCGUACGAGGAAUGUGGGAGGCUCAAGCAGUUCCAGCAGUUCAAGUAGCUCAAGCAGUUCCAGCAGUCUAAGUAGCUCAAGCAGUUCUCCCGCUGGACGCAAAAUGGGUGCAAGACGGAGUCCUACCGCUGUCAUCAGGAUUGAGCCACUGAUCUUCGAGACCAUCCCAAAAAAGAAGGCCAUGAGGAAAGUUGCACGCAAAGGGAAGAGUCCGAUCAGGGGCGGAGUACAUUGCUGCCAUCAGCAUCACUCCCAUCACCAUGGUUUCAACCGGCAAAAGCGUCAAAUGUCUCCAGUUGAGCAAAUUGUGGUGGAAAACUGUGAACCCGAAUUCGAGACGUGCUCGCAUGUGAACAACUGUCAAUCCAGUGUUGUUCUUCGUCAUGUUUGCUUGAAGUGCCAGAGGAACUUAGACAGGGGGAGAGCUGUCGUGAGGCAAGCGCAAUUCUAUUGCCGGAAACGCGGGCCAGAAGGGCAGAUCUCAAAGCAAACGCAGAUUACCCAGCGCUGGAUCUCCAGUCCACCACCCUCACGGCCGGCCGCAGUCGAAAGCUCGACCAAGGCGAAGCAAGUCUCCCAUAUGGCUCUGCCUUUCAGGGCAGCUUCGAAACAUCACUCCCCAAAAUACGCUCACAAUGACACUUCUAGCAGUGAGAGUGAGCAGAUUCAUCUGGGAGAUGGGGAGAUUUUCGCCAACCGCUUUUAUGAAAUGCUACCAGCUGCACCACAGAAGCAAUUCGUACAACAGAAACAAGGCACGCAGUGCCCAUUUUCACGGUACGAAGUAUUUCCGAUCUCAGAAGAGGAAUCUAUUGAGAUGAUCAAGCACAACAAAUUUGUGGGCGGAUUUCCUUCAGCAAUCGGACGUUCCACUUUCCCCCAUUCCUACUCCUUUUGCGAGCUUUCUUCCUUUUGA